CCGCGACGGGCCGUGCUGACCCGCGGCAGUCCGCCGGCGUCUCUCCCCGCCCUGCCUCACCGCGGAUACUUAGGGUCCCUGGGACGGGUUUCGGCCGUCUCGGCGCAGGCCCUUGGGCUCGUGGCCGCUGUCCAGGAACCCCGCUUUCCCCUACAGGACCUCCAGUACUAUGUUGAAUUUAAGUGCUGAGAGUGGGCAUUCUUGUCUUGUUCCUAAUCUUAGAGGAAAAGCUUUCAGCUUUUCACUGGGUUAAUUACUUAGAUUGUAAAGAAUUUUAAUAUCCUGGGGACUUCUGAGAAGGAUCUCUUCAGUUUUGCUCAAGAGAAAGCUCUGAAUGUAUCAAGUAGCUCUUUAAGAAGUCGUUUGUGUGGGUUAUAUAUGCAGAUGUUUUCAUGAAGAGAAGUGAAAAGCCAGAAGGAUAUAGACAAAUGAGGCCUAAGACCUUUCCUGCCAGUAACUACACUGGCAGCAGCCGGCAAAUGUUGCAAGAAAUUCGUGAAUCUCUUAGGAAUUUAUCCAAACCAUCGGAUGCUGCUAAGGCUGAGCAUAACAUGAGUAAAAUGUCAGCUGAAGAUCCUCGACAAGUCAGGAAUCCACCCAAAUUUGGGACACACCAUAAAGCCUUGCUGGAAAUUCGAAACUCUCUACAACCAUUUGCAAAUGAAACAAGUCGGAGUACUUCAGAAGUUAAUCCACAAAUGCUUCAAGACUUGCAGGCUGCUGGAUUUGAUGAGGACAUGGUUAUCCAAGCUCUUCAGAAAACUAAUAACAGAAGUAUAGAAGCUGCAAUUGAAUUCAUUAGUAAAAUGAGUUACCAAGAUCCUCGACGGGAACAGAUGGCUGCAGCAGCUGCCAGACCUAUUAAUGCCAGCUUGAAACCAGGGAGUGUGCAACAACCUGUUAACCGCAAGCAAAGCUGGAAAGGUUCUAAAGAAUCCUUAGUUCCUCAGAGACAUGGCCCACCACUAGGAGAAAGCGUGGCCUAUCGUUCUGAAAGUCCCAGUUCACAGACAGAUGUAGGAAGACCUUUGUCAGGAUCUGGUAUAACAGCAUUUGCUCAAGCUCACCCUAGCAAUGGACAGAGAGUGAACCCCCCACCACCUCCUCAAGUAAGGAGUGUCACUCCUCCACCACCUCCAAGAGGCCAGACCCCUCCUCCAAGAGGCCCAACUCCACCACCCCCCUCAUGGGAACCAAACUCUCAAACAAAGCGCUAUUCUGGGAACAUGGAAUAUGUCAUCUCCCGAAUCUCUCCUGUUCCACCUGGAACCUGGCAGGAGGGCUAUCCUCCACCACCUCUUAAUACAUCCCCAAUGAAUCCUCCUAAUCAGGGACAGAGAGGCAUUGCUUCUGUUCCUGUUGGCAGACAACCAAUCAUCAUGCAGAGUUCUAACAAAUUUAACUUUCCGCCAGGGAGACCUGGAUUGCAGAAUGGUAGUGGUCAGACUGAUUUUAUGAUACACCAAAAUGUUGUCCCUGCUGGUGCUGUGAAUCGGCAGCCACCCCCUCCAUAUCCUCUGACCCCAACUAAUGGACAAAGCCCUUCUGCUUUACAAACAGGGGGAUCUGCUGCUCCUUCGUCAUAUACAAAUGGAAAUAUUCCUCAGUCUAUGAUGGUGCCAAACAGAAACAGUCACAACAUGGAACUUUAUAAUAUUAAUGUACCUGGACUGCAAACAGCUUGGCCUCAGUCGUCUUCUGCUCCAGCCCAGUCGUCCCCAAGCAGUGGGCAUGAAAUCCCUACGUGGCAACCUAACAUACCAGUGAGGUCAAAUUCUUUUAAUAACCCAUUAGGAAACAGAACAAGUCAUUCUGCUAAUUCUCAGCCUUCAGCUACAACAGUCACUGCUAUUACACCAGCUCCUAUUCAACAGCCUGUGAAAAGUAUACGUGUAUUAAAACCAGAGCUACAGACUGCUUUAGCACCCACACAUCCUUCUUGGAUACCACAGCCAGUUCAAACUGUUCAGCCUAGUCCUUUUUCUGAGAGUACCACUUCAAAUUUGACUGUUAUGUCACCUGUUGCUGAAGCUCCAAACUAUCAAGGUCCACCACCACCUUAUCCAAAACAUCUACUGCACCCAAACACAUCUGUUCCUCCAUAUGACUCAGUCAGUAAAUCUAGCAAAGAGGAUCAGCCAAGCUUGCCCAAGGAAGAUGAGGGUGAAAAAAGUUAUGACAAUCUUGAUAGUGGGGAUAAAGACAAGAAACAGAUUACAACUUCACCUAUCACCGUUAGGAAAAACAAGAAAGAUGAAGAGCGAAGGGAAUCUCGUAUUCAGAGUUACUCUCCUCAGGCAUUUAAAUUCUUUAUGGAACAACAUGUAGAAAAUGUACUCAAAUCUCAUCAGCAACGUUUACAUCGUAAAAAACAAUUAGAGAACGAAAUGAUGCGGGUUGGACUAUCUCAAGAUGCCCAGGAUCAAAUGAGAAAGAUGCUUUGCCAAAAAGAGUCUAAUUACAUCCGUCUUAAGAGAGCUAAAAUGGACAAGUCUAUGUUUGUGAAGAUAAAGACAUUAGGAAUAGGAGCAUUUGGUGAAGUCUGUCUGGCAAGAAAAGUAGAUACUAAGGCUUUGUAUGCAACAAAAACUCUUCGAAAGAAAGAUGUUCUGCUUCGAAAUCAAGUUGCUCAUGUUAAAGCCGAGAGAGAUAUCCUGGCUGAAGCUGACAAUGAAUGGGUAGUUCGUCUAUAUUAUUCAUUCCAAGAUAAGGACAAUUUAUACUUUGUAAUGGACUAUAUUCCUGGGGGUGAUAUGAUGAGCCUACUAAUUAGAAUGGGCAUCUUUCCCGAAAAUCUGGCAAGAUUCUACAUAGCAGAACUUACUUGUGCAGUUGAAAGUGUUCAUAAAAUGGGUUUUAUUCACAGAGAUAUUAAACCUGAUAACAUUUUGAUUGAUCGUGAUGGUCAUAUUAAAUUGACUGACUUCGGUCUUUGCACUGGCUUCAGAUGGACACAUGAUUCUAAGUACUACCAAAGUGGUGACCAUCCACGGCAAGAUAGCAUGGAUUUCAGUAAUGAAUGGGGUGACCCUUCUAACUGUCGAUGUGGAGAUAGACUGAAGCCACUAGAGCGGAGAGCUGCACGCCAGCACCAGCGAUGUCUCGCACAUUCUUUGGUUGGGACUCCCAAUUAUAUUGCCCCUGAAGUGUUGUUACGAACAGGCUAUACACAGUUAUGUGAUUGGUGGAGUGUUGGUGUAAUUCUUUUUGAAAUGUUGGUGGGACAACCUCCAUUCUUGGCACAAACACCAUUAGAAACACAAAUGAAGGUUAUCAACUGGCAAACAUCUCUUCACAUUCCACCACAAGCUAAACUGAGUCCUGAAGCUUCUGAUCUUAUUAUUAAACUUUGCCGAGGACCAGAAGAUCGCUUAGGCAAGAAUGGUGCUGAUGAAAUAAAAGCUCAUCCAUUUUUUAAAACAAUUGAUUUCUCCAGUGACCUGAGACAGCAGUCUGCUUCAUACAUUCCUAAAAUCACACACCCAACAGAUACAUCCAAUUUUGAUCCCGUGGAUCCUGAUAAGUUAUGGAGUGAUGAUAAUGAGGAAGAAAAUGUAAAUGACACACUCAACGGAUGGUAUAAAAAUGGAAAGCACCCUGAGCAUGCUUUCUAUGAAUUUACCUUUAGGAGGUUUUUUGAUGACAAUGGCUACCCAUAUAAUUAUCCAAAGCCUAUUGAAUAUGAAUAUAUUAAUUCACAAGGCUCAGAGCAACAGUCAGAUGAAGAUGAUCAGCACACAGGCUCAGAGAUCAAAAAUCGUGAUCUAGUGUAUGUUUAACACACUAGGAAAUAAUUUAAUGAGGAUUUGAGGAAAGGCCUGAAACGCAGGGUCUUUUGAGGCUCUGAGAAUAGAAUUAUGCAAAUGUGACAGAGCUGUGUAUAUGUACUCUGUGUACAAUAUUUUAUGUUCCUAAAUUAUGGGAAAUCUUUUUAAAAUGUUAAUUUAUUCCAGCCUUUUAAAUCAGUAAUUUAGAAAAAAAUUGUUAUAAAGAAAGUAAAUUAUGAACUGAAUAUUAUAGUCAGUUCUUGGUACUUAAAGUACUUAAAGAAAAUAGUGCUUUGUUUAAAAGGAGAAGCCUGGUAUCUAUUUGUACAUAUGCUAAAUAAUUUUAAAAGAUAAGAGUUUUUGAAAUUUUUUUAAAGACAGUUUUAGUUAUCUUGCUUUAACCAAAUACGAAAUAUACCCCAUAUUUACAGAAUUCCUUUUCCCCCCAAUAACCUUGUUGGUACAAAAUAAGCUAUAGAAAUUAAGCCAUCAUGGUGGUAAGUGUUCCUAGGCUAAUGAUAAUCUGUAUAAUUCACAUCUUGGAACUAAGAAAUACAGGGUUGAAACAGUAUGUUCAUCAGAAGAAAAAAUAAUGCAGUUUAUCUUUUUUUCCCUCUCUGGGGAAUAUUCUGGCAUUGUUUUUUUUUUUUUUUUACUUUAUUUUUAUUUUUUUAUUUUGGUAUCAUUAAUAUACAAUUACAUGAGCAACAAUGUGGUUACUAGAUACCCCCCAUUGUCAAUACUAGAUUCCCCCCAUAUACCUCAUUACAGUCACUGUCCAUCAGCAUAGUAAGAUGCUAUAGCAUCACUACUUGUCUUCUUUAUGCUAUACUGCCUUCCCCAUGCCCACCCCCAACAUUAUGUGUGCUAAUGGUAAUGCCCCUAUUUCCCCUUAUCCCUCCCUUCCCACCCACUCUCCCCAGUCCCUUUACCUUUGGUAACUGUUAGUCCAUUCUUGGGUUCUUUGAGUCUGCUGCUGUUUUGUUCCUUCAGUUUUUUCUUUGUUCUUAUACUCCACAGAUGAGUGAAAUCAUUUGAUACUUGUCUUCCUCCACUUGGCUUAUUUCACUGAGCAUAAUACCUUCUAGCUCCAUCCAUGUUGUUGCAAAUGGUAGGAUUUGUUUUCUCCUUAUGGCUGAAUAAUAUUCCAUUGUGUAUAUAUGUACCACCUCUUCUUUAUCCAUUCAUCUACUGAUGGACACUUAGGUUGCUUCCAUUUCUUGGCUAUUGUAAAUAGUGCUGCGAUAAACAUAGGAGUGCAUAUCUCUUUUUGAAACGGGCCUCCUGCAUUCCUAGGGUAAAUUCCUAGGAGUGGAAUUCCUGGGUCAAAAGGUAUUUCUAUUUUGAGCUUUUUGAGGAAUUUCCAUAUUGCUUUCCACAAUGGUUGAACUAAUUUACAUUCCCACCAGCAGUGUAGGAGGGUUCCCCUUUCUCCACAUCCUUGCCAACAUUUGUUCUUGUUUGUCUUUUGGAUCGUGGGCAUCCUAACUGGUGUGAGGUGAUAUUUCAAUGUGGUUUUAAUUUGCAUUUCUCUGAUGAUUGCUGAUGUGGAGCAUCUUUUCAUGUGCCUGUUGACCAUCUGAAUUUCUCUGGCAUUUAUUUUUUAAGAAUUACUGGCUUUAAAUGAAACAAAGCACUACCAUUUUUCUUUUCAUAUGUAUUUUUAAUGCUGCUUCUAGUUUUAAAAGGGAACAGAGCUGCCAUAAAGAAAAUUUUUUAUACAAGAGCUAAGAUCUUUCAUAUUUUUACUUCAAGAUUCAGAAACAGCUUCUACUAUCCUAUACAAAUUUCAGUUUCAUAUGAAAGUUUGAUUAUAAAUUACUUGUGGGUACUCACUAGAAAAGUACUUUUUCUCUACCGUAACAGUUUUGGUCAUCAGUAAUGUUACAGAUUUCCUCUUUCAGAACAGUGCUACAUACACACGUUGUUUUUGGCAAAGGAAAACCCUAGCUAUUUGGCAAUAUUUUAGCUAUGGGCAGAUUAAUUGGUGAAAAAUUCAUUAACUCUUAAGGUGGCCAUUAGUAAUCAGGAGUAGUUACAUGGUGGUCUUAAUAGAAAAUUCAAAUUCUCUUACUUAAGGUUAAAUAAUUUUUUUUUAAUCAUUCCAUUAUAUGUAGGUUUUAAGGAAAACUCAUGGUUUUAUGCUAAAAUACAUUUAGCUUAUCUUUUAGGAAGGAGAAAAUGACUCUAUUCUGACAUUAGUAAAAUUUGUAACUCAUUUCCUUAAUCUUUGCUGAUACAGAAUUGUUUUAUCAAAACUUAGUAUUUGUGGAUAAGAGGCAUAAUUUUAGUGAUUUUUCAAGCUUUUAGCUUACUUCAUAUAAAAGCUAAUGGAAAUCAUAUAUUUAAGUAAAAUUAGAGGCAAAGCAGUUCCAGUUGAAUUGGGGAGGGCAGAGAUUUAUUAGCUUAUACUUCCCACCUCUCUAUAUAGGUUUGGCCCUCUCAGAGCUCACUUGUAACCCACUGUGUAAUGGUGGGUCUUUGGGGUCAUUAGUCCUUUUGAGAAUCUGGUGAAAGCUGUGGACCCUUUUCCCAGAAAAGUGUAACCCAACACAACAUGUAUAAAAUGUUGCAUGCAGUUUUAGGAAUUCUGGAUGUGUUGAAGCCUGUCACAAACUCUUGGUUAAGGACUGUCUGUUCUAUAAGAACACUGAUGUAUUAAACUAAGAACAUUGCUUUAGUUUAUUGGUUAGUACUCAGAUUAGCACAUCUUGUAUAAACACUGAUAAUUUAUGACAGAAAGGGUCUGUACCAUGUGAUAAGAUAUCCCUAAGAAUGUUCUCUCUUGUUGGUACAGCACUAAGACAUUUUAAACAUACCCUUUUGUGGGGACUGAAAUUCAUGUUAGGCUCGUUACAGGCUUGAUACAGAAAUAUUUCUGAAGGACUGCUAAACAGAAUUGUAAGAAAAUGAAUGAAUGAAUAGCAGUCUUCACUUCAUGGAACAUUUGAUUGAUUCUAUAAAAUACUAUGCAAAACAAAUUAGUUCAAGAAUUUUUAGCUUAGUACUCAAAAUUUUCAGAUACUCCUCUUUUUCUUAGGGCCUUUUCAAUCUGGUUUAUUUAAUUUUCCAUUUAGUUGUUUUACUUCUGGACUAUGGUGCAAUACAAAAACCAACUUUGUUACAUUUGUUAUAGGAAAACUAUGGUGCUGUCUCCUCUCCACAAAAUCUGUGUUGCCCUUAUUCCUUACAUGUAACAGACACUACAAAUUUUAUAUUCUUUUAAAAUUUCCUCGGAUAGUACAAGCUUUUUGUGUUUAUCUGAAGCAAUGUACAAGCCAUUAUUAUCUGCAAUUUUAAGAGUUUGUUAAUGCUUAUUUGCUAUUUUAUUCCCAAACUAUAUCCAGUUCUUCCAGUAUACAAUCUGGUGCUUCCUGACCUAAAAAAUGAGAACAUCAAAAGUCUAUAUAUUUAAUGUCAAUUGAAAUAGAGUGAAAACAUUGGUUAUACAUGUUGUCUUCUUAAAGUAAUUUUCCCACUCAUUAAAAAAGUGCUAUCUUUCUUACACUUACCCCUUUUUAUGCAUAUCAAUAGUAUUUAUAAAAUGUGUCCUAUAAUAUGUAAUUGUAGAUACUGUUAUGUGUUGUCCAGUGAUAUCCUAAGGCAGGCCCUAUUGCUGUAUCUUUGCUACCUUAUUUGAAAUAGAAACUAGAAUGUAUGACUAAGAAGUCACUUUGAGAUUGACUUUUUUAAAAAGUUAUUACCUUCUGCUGUUGCAAAGUGCAAAACUGUGAGUGGAAAUGUUUUAUUCUGACUUAAUAUGUUAAAAAUUAGAGAAUACAGUGGGGGAUUUUUUGAUAUUGCUGCUGCUGUUACCUAAGGUACUUUAGAAAUUUUUCUUGAUAAAAAUAAACAGAAAUCCCUUUGGUAUUUGAAGUGAAACAUUCAGCCUGUUUCUUUUAAUCUAAAAAAAGCAAUUUGGGUCAACAUAUUGGUAUAUUUGUAAAGCGCCUUAAUACAUCCCUUUGUGGAAGGCACUAUACCACAGUUUACUUUUAUUUUGUAUUGUGUAUAUAGGUCUUUUGUAUUAAAAUUGAAUCAAUACAACAGUACAGUUUUAUAAAAUAAUACUCUGUUAGGAAAAUAAAUCACAGCUUUGCAAUAUAACUGAAUUGUUUUGCAUACUUCUGAAUGUAGUAGAUACAAAUAAUCAGCCUGUGUUUUUAAUGAAUCUAUUUGUAUUUUCCCAAUCAUUUUCUCUAGUGUAACUUGCUGGGAUGAUAAUAAAAAAAGCAAAAAUUCAAAUCUUUCAGUUAUGUGUGGAAAGCUGACUUUUAAGUUGCUUAAGUAUGUUGAUUUUUUAAUUCAAAAUUUAUAUUUUUUAUUCUCAGAAAAUUUAUGAUGAAAUAUGUGAUGCUCUGGAAUUAAAAUAUAUGUGACAACGAUAAAACCUAGCUAGGUUACGGCAAACUGAAUAGAAUGAGUGUAACCCAGCAAAAUGUUUUCCUUUUGCCCAACAUAAGUACAAUAAGUGUUUCAUGUUAAAGGCUUCCUUUAGAUCAACACAGAUUUAAACCUUUUAAAUUAUUAAACUCUGCAUUUAAGUAUCA